AUGGAUGGGCUCAGCAUUGUCUAUGGAGAUGAAUCACUUCCACGUAUAGUGAGGCGGGCUGUUGCUCUUGGGCGUUAUCUCCAGAACCCAUUGGCAAUGGUUGCGACAUUAUGUGGACCUAGAAAGGAAAUAAUGUCAUGGAAACUGAGCCCUUUUGAGAGUUUUCUCAACCAAGACGAUAAAUUUUUUAUGGUUGAGCAGGUUAUGGUAGAUGUGACCAAUCAGGUUGGUUUAGACAUUAAUUUAGCAAUAAGUCAUGAGUGGUUAUUUGCUCCAUUACAAUUUAUUUCUGGGCUUGGUCCAAGGAAGGCUGCAUCCUUACAGAGAUCUCUGGUAAGAGCUGGGGCUAUUUUUACUCGAAAGGACUUUCUGACAGAACAUAAACUUGGUAAAAAGGUGUUUGUCAAUGCGGUUGGUUUCUUGCGUGUCCGGCGUAGUGGGUUGGCUGCUAGCAGCAGUCAAUUUAUUGAUUUGCUGGAUGAUACAAGAAUUCAUCCUGAAUCUUAUAUUCUGGCACAAGAGUUGGCAAAAGAUGUGUAUGAAGAAGAUGGCACAGGUGAUGCAAAUGAUGAUGAUGAUGCACUUGAGAUGGCCAUAGAGCAUGUGAGAGACCGGCCUAGUUAUUUGAAAAAUCUUGAUGUGGAGGAAUAUGCUUCUGGGAAAAAACGUCAGAACAAAAUACAAACUUUCUAUGACAUAAAAAGAGAAUUAAUUCAAGGUUUUCAGGAUUGGCGCAAUCAAUAUGAAGAACCAAGUCAGGAUGAGGAAUUCUAUAUGAUUUCCGGUGAGACUGAAGAGACCCUUGCUGAAGGCAAAAUCGUUCAAGUCACAGUUCGCAGGGUGCAGGCUCAGAAAGCAAUAUGUGGGCUUGAAUCUGGAAUGACAGGAAUCCUCUUGAAAGAAGACUACACGGAUGACUGGAGAGAUGUAAUUGAAUUAUCUGAUAGGCUACAUGAAGGUGACAUGCUUACUUGUAAAAUCAAGUCAAUCCAAAAGAAUAGGUAUCAAGUCUUCCUUGUUUGUAAGGACAGUGAAAUGAGAAGUAAUAGGUUACAGAAUAACCGUGAUAUUGACCCCUAUUACCAUGAAGAUCGGAGCUGCUUUCAGAGUGAUCAAGACAAAGCUAGGAAAGAAAAGGAACUUGCAAAGAAGCAUUUCAAGCCAAGGAUGAUUGUUCAUCCACGCUUUCAGAACAUAACUGCAGAUGAAGCAAUGGAGUUCUUGUCGGAUAAAGAUCCUGGAGAAAGUAUUAUCCGUCCUAGUUCACGAGGACCUUCAUAUCGUACUUUAACUCUUAAAAUUAAUGACGGAGUAUAUGCCCACAAGGAUAUAGUUGAAGGUGGGAAGGAACACAAGGACAUUACAAGCUUGCUCCGAAUCGGGAAGACACUAAAAAUUGGAGAUGACACUUUUGAGGACUUGGAUGAGGUUAUGGACCGUUAUGUUGAUCCAUUGGUGGCUCACUUAAAGGCAAUGUUAAACUAUCGCAAAUUUCGAAAGGGUACAAAAGCAGAAGUUGAUGAACUUUUGAGGAUGGAGAAAGCUGAGUAUCCUAUGCGCAUUGUCUAUAGUUUUGGCAUCUCCCACGAACAUCCUGGCACAUUUAUAUUAACUUAUAUAAGAAGUACAAAUCCUCACCACGAGUACAUUGGGCUUUACCCAAAAGGAUUCAGGUUCAGGAAAAAGAUGUUUGAGGACAUUGAUCGGCUUGUGGCAUAUUUUCAAAGGCAUAUUGAUGAUCCGCAGCAUGACUCGGCCCCUUCCAUUAGAUCUGUUGCUGCUAUGGUACCGAUGCGAAGCCCUGCAGCUGGUGGCUCGUCAGGUGCAUCUGUGGGUAGUGGCUGGGGUGGUGGUUCAAACAGUGAGGGAGGUAGGAGAAGUCACUCUUAUGAUAGGGAUCGAUCGUCUACUCCUGGUUCCAGGACAGGACGGGGUGAGUAUAGAAGCAACGGGAAUCAGGACGAACAUCCUAGGGGGGUGCCUCGUCCAUAUGGACGAGGACGCGGUGGUGGUCGUGUGACAGAACAAGCUGUGCUUCUAUCCAUGAAAGAUAAAUACUGCCCCUUCACCGAGAAGACGUUAACGCCGAAACAGUUUCACUAG